AGUUUUUAUAUGUGACUGAAGCUGUGAAUCUACUACGUGCGAACUAACAUUUGAAUUCGUGAGAGCAGCCGCUCAGUGAUGUAAUUACGAGCGCGUGUUUCUGCAGACUGUUCUUGGCCUUGUCGUUUUACUGUUGGAUUGUUUGAACAUUUUUAUUUAAUUAUUUAAAUUAUUAUUAUUAAUUGAGAAGGUACUUAUCUAGUAAUCAUUUAUACUAAUCGAUUAAUCAGUUAUACGGAUACUGCGUUGGUGUUAGGAGUGUACUUAUAAUUGUGAAAAGAGAUUUAAAAAUAUUUAAAAAUUAUAAGUGUUGAAACGAAUAAGAUAGAGAUGAACAUUCCGAAAACGGACGCUCUGUUGUCAGUCGUAUUACCAAGUGAAAUUCCAACUUCGCCCAGUUCACAACAACUUUUAAAUCGGGACCAACAGGACGAGGAGGCAUCUGAUUGUCCACUUCUCACGCCAAGCCCACCUCCUGAACAAAUGCACAAGCCUUUGGAAACUGCCGCUAUUUUUAAUCCACUUGAGGAUACACCGUUAGAGAUGACACCUACAGAGGCUUUGGAAAAUAUUAAUUCCGAGGACGGUCUUAAUGCAUAUAUGAACAUUGUGAACAGUUGCAGCAAACCCCUGAACGAUGAACCAAGUUCAAGGGAUCCAAUGGUAGAAUCUACCAGCAGCAGCGAAAGUGGCAGUGAUACCAAUGAACCAGUAUGUACUCAACUAUUGACCCAGUUGAAUACCGCUUAUCAUCAUUUAGCACCCGACGCACAGGCUCUGUUUUACAAUCAGGAGAAUGGCGGGAAGCCUCCACUCGUUGGGAUUCAAUUGGUGGUACCAAAGACCCCCAAGGACUACAGAUUUAUGUCAUGGAAUUGGCCGUUAAUUCGAAAGACUUGCUUCUGGUCCUUUAUGUCUGUACUUGUUGGAUGCGCUGCACUAGUUAUCGGUGUUAUCGCCACCAUGCCAAAAAGGUGCGAUCCACCAGCCGAAUGGUGGCAGGGCAGCCUCUUCUAUGAGAUCUUUCCAGCAUCCUUCCAAGACUCAUUCCAUAUUGGAGACGGCGUGGGAGAUAUUCCUGGGAUAAUAAUGCGACUUGAUUAUCUGAAAAAUCUUGGAGUUCAGGGAAUUCGAUUGAAUUCGAUUUUUCCAGCUACUCAUUACCCAGAACAUUUUUCAAAUAUAACCAGCCUAAUGGAUAUUGAGCCCCAUCUAGGAACGAUGAGUAAUUUUACGUCUUUAGUAUCGGAAAUACACCGAAGAAACAUGACCAUCAUGUUAGAUAUACCACUGCAUCCGUUCGUAAAAGAUUUCGGCGAGGAAACCUUUCACUCUUCAGAAUUAAACAAUGCAGAUAAAGCGGUGCGUGAGAGAAGUGCCUCAAUUUUACCGGAUGUCACACCAACGCCUGAACCAUCUGCUCUUCUUCAAGUGCUAACUGUUCUCUCGACAGUUCCUUCAGCAUUGGAAAUGCCAAAACCAGAAGUUCUCUCGUUGCACAAUUACGUGACUCCAGAUCACGUGGUCACGGCAGCCAUUAAAUUUUGGAUGAGGAAAGGUGUCGAUGGAUUCUAUCUGAAGGGACUGGAACACUAUGUCAAAGAGAAAAACUUUGUUGAACUUUUGAGACAUUGGAAAACUAUACUAGGUCCAUACCGGAUAUUGAUCUGCGACAUGGCUGUAUUACAAGACGCACCAAAUGAUCUUGUCAAGAAUGUAAUACUGAAUAAAAUAGAUCUAGUAGACGUGACAUUGCGUGUCAAUAAUGGAACCCAGGAUAUAAAAUAUCAAAUUGGAAAUAUUACCAGUGGCGUCCUGUUCGAAAAACCAGGCAAUCCUUGGGUUCAUUGGUCAAUCGGAAGUGUGAAUACCAAACGGAUUGCAUCUACACUAAGUGUUGGGAAUGCUAGUAUAGCAGUUGCUCUAUUGGGGCUGAUGCUUCCUGGAACACCUAGUAUAUUCUAUGGGGAUGAGAUAGGCCUUAUGGAUUGUGAUUGCAAGGAUCAUCAGGAUUUAGCACACGUUCAUAAUUUAGUCCCUAUGUUAUGGGACAGCAGAGAUGGUUCCGGAGUUAAAUUUUCAUCCCACGGUACUAUCCCUUGGUUAACAGGAUCCACCAAAUCAUCGGAAACCACUCUAACAGGAACUAUCUCAGAAAUGGCUAAGCUGAGACACGUUACACCUGGUUUAUACGUUAAGGCGAUAUAUAAGGAUACCAAUGGUACAGUUAAUUGUGAUGUCAGAUACACGGUAGAUGAACUAAUCGUGGUCGAACGAUGGUAUCCACGUAGAAAUUCAUAUGUUUUCGUAGCUAAUCUUAGCAACGAAACACGUACUAAGGAUCUUUCAUUCCUUUAUUAUGGCGGACACGUUGUUGUGGGGCCAACCAGUAAACUCAACCGGAACGUAUAUUUCAAGGAAUUAACUAUUCUACCUGGCGAAGCUUUUGUUAUAAAAUUGGAUAAGUGAAAUGCGAGUCUCGUUACGAUGAAACUAUUUUCAAUUCGUUAGAGCCUCGAAUCCGUUGUUUGAAUUAAACGUUCGAGUUAAGUUUACCGAUGAUUUCGUUUUACAUACUCAUAUUAACCAUUCUGUAAAAAUCAUCCGCAACGAUUAAUAAUCCUACCACAUGAGACUCGCGGGUUUCCGGACUUGACUGAACUUGAUCAAAUGUUCCUUUGAUGGGAAAUACUAUUUUCAUUGAACAAUUCACGACGUGAAUUUCGAAUACGUAAAAGGAAGUGACGGAUUACAAAUAAGUUUGUUUUCUAUUAAUUAUUAUCGAGCCGACGAAUUUUAUGUGUUGCGCAUUUCACAUUCCACAUGAAGAAACGACCCAACGUCAUUUCUUUUUGUCGUUUCUAGUGGAAAGCGAUUUUUGUAUAAAUUUGCGAGUGUAUGCGUACUUGAGUUAAUUUAAAAAUGGCGUUACGAAUGGCGAUGGAAGGUCCAUUUAGCAUUUUCAAACGCGUUGAGAUUACUUAAAUGCAUGCAUCGUUUUCUUCUAUUAUUCGUAUCAGACUUUCGGACAAUAAUUCUGUAUAAUUAAACAAAACCAUAAGACUGGAAUGUUAACAAUGGUGAACACUUUUAGCGUCCGUAAUUGUGAUUUAACAUUUAAGUGCUCACAUCUCGUCCACAGAGACCCCAAGAGCCCUUACUUCUUAUGGGUACGAAUUUGACGCGAACACUUAAACGUUAAAAAUGGAUUCCAUUCGUAAAAAGACAUAAGCAAGAAAGAAUUGAUACGCAAAUUCAUCCCUUUCGCCAAUUUACCUAAAAAUUGAAAGUAACCCGCGUUAUGGAUCUCAAUUAUGAUUCUUAUGAAACAAUGGUUUUUCUUAUAUUCUAUACAUUGGUUGAUAUUCUUGUUAUGAUCUAAAAGAUUUAAGCAUUUUGCAUGAAACAAUAGAGGUAUUAAAAUAAAUUCUGUUUGUAUAAACAUUACGAGAGAUUGAGAACCUACUGUAUCUAUUUCUCACAAGUGGUUCACUAUGCUAUACUUCGGUAUAUAAGUAUCGUAGUACAGUACACUAAACGAGGUUCCCUCAAUCCCCACCGCGGAGCUACCAUCGAAGUCCUCAGUGACUCUCAAAUUGCUCUGGGGAAGGUCCUUGGAUCUCGGGCAGAAAGUGCCGUAGUGUAAUUACGCUACUAGCCUCCGCCGUCUUUACUCUCAAUUCAAGACAGGAAGCUCUUUGGGCUGAUCUUGGAGUUGGGCGCGAGAGUAUUGGUCAGAGUAAAGCGAUGUGUUGGGGUCGGUAUCUUCAAAGUUUACGUUGGGAUCCGAUAACUAAACAGGGCCUAUUCCGAGGAAACUUCAAUCACUCUUUU